AUGGCGAAAGUUAGCCAUCUUCCAAUGAGGCGCUAUCCUACCGAUCAGCCAGCAGCCGUCAAUGUAGAUCCAAUUAAUUUCUAUCCUCCAGCUAAUGGUAGCCACAAUCGGGCUCCAAAAACUUCCGAGAAGAACAAGAAAACAUGGGGCCAACGUCUUAAGCUUAGCAAAUCUUCUUCCCCAGCCGAAGACAAGCAGCAACAUCAGGGUCAGCCGAGUAACGGCUCCAGUUCGGCUCUGGUUCCCUUUGGCUCCCGCGGGUACGACACUUCACUAGACUUCAACGGCAACGGUCAGUUAUCGCCUUCCACCCACGGACCCGCAAUUUCCUCCUCCUCCUCCUUGAGCUCAACCUCACCGUCCCCCGGGACAGGCUCGCCGGGGACCUUCUCCAAUGUGCACCAGCUCGCCACGAUGAAGUACGCGGAGACGUGGGUGUACGGCACGGUGCGCGGAAUGCCCCCGCCGCUGCCCCUGUCCCACCCGCACCAUCCACAUCACCUACCGGCGAUGUACUGCGCCCCACCGCCGCCCGAAGUGGCCGUCCUGAUCUGCUGCUGCCCGGAGUAUCUCUCCGGAACGAAGCGCGAGAUCAAGAAGGCGACGGUGUGCAAGAAAUGCAAGGGCUCGCGGCUCCCGCUGGCCCCGUUCGGGGGGACGGUGCGGCUCACGUCCGGUGCGACGUACCUGGCACCGCCACCGUCCCGCUCGAGCGCCGGUACGGUUAAGCUGGCCGCGACGUACGGCAAGAAAGCACGUCCCACGAUCUUGGGCAAUGGGAAUCCCGAUCCGUACGACUUUAUGCGCCGCUCACGACUCACGCAACCGUCCGAGGCUGGAGGGGGGUCGAAGUCGGUGAAGAGUAGCUUGAAGGAGAAGCUGCGCGGGAGAGCUAAGAGUACCAGCCCUUCGAGGGGACGCAGUGGGAGUACAUCAACGAGCAAACGGUCGUCUGCAGCGAGAUCACCUUCCCCAACGCUGACUAAGAAUGGUUCCCGGGCGAAUCGGUGUAAGGUGGAACCGUACCAGGACUGCUGGGUCGGUGAACCCGACCGGGAGGAGCUGCUAGACGAACUGAGUCCUCCUACGAAUGGGUCCAUCAUCACCAACGGUUCGCAGAACCGAAAGUCCAUCUUGCGCUGCGACGUUAAUCCGUACGACUUGAUCUCGCUGAGUGGAGUUGGAACUAGCGGCGCUGGUAGUGGUGGGGCGAUGCUGAACGAAUUCUCUCCGGCCGACACUGACGGCGAGUUCGACCUGCACUCGCAGAAGUACGAGAACAUCCUGGACUCGCUGUACGCCAACCGGUACAACCCGUCGGCGACCAGCAGCAUCGCGGCAAUCAAUGGCCAAAGAAUCAAGCUGUUCGAUGACUCCGGAACGGGUGGGUCCGGCGCGCCGGUGUACGACGAUGUGGACGAGUUCGUGUACGAUCCCGUCGAGGUGCUGGACAUGGUUGAGCCUCCGACGGCGAACGGCGUUGAAGAUCCCGCCGCCGGCACCAACGGAACGCCGGAGCGUCCGCCGAGGGUGAAAAAGCAGGAGGCAACCAAAGAAGCCGACGACAGCCGGUCCCUGCCGUCGUCACCGAUCUCAGCCUCGGAUCCGGCGGUGGCGCAAAGUGCAAUAAAGUCGAUUCUCAAGCGUCCGUCCUCGAUCGCAUCCGGACCACCGUCCAGUGCGGUCGCCCCCGAGCGGGACACGAGUGCGCCCGGUUACGACACCAUCCGCCUCAAUCAUACGCUCGUCCAGCGUCUCGCCAAACUCACGACCAACGGAGGCGGACCGGACGGAGGGGACGGACCAUUCAGUAAGGCGGGUACCAUCAGUGCCCGAAAUCUGACCACCCGGGCGAACAUCUCGCCGGACAAACGAUACUCCGGCUCGCAGUUCUACCUUCCGACGCCGGUUCCGGUGCCGGAACUUGCCGGCUCGGAAGCGCCACCUGACACGAACCAAACGCUUGGCGGCCGCAAGAAGGUGCACUUUCUGGUGGAAAACGAAAUCAUCCACGACGAUGACCGGCUGUUCGCCCGGAUGCUCUUCACCGAGGUGAAUCCUCCUAAUGGCGCAGCUGCAACCGGUCCGGAACCACCGGCUCCUAUGUCCACCUUCACCGGAGGACAGACGAAUGGGAUGAACGAACAACAGCAGCCAGCAGACAAGCCGGAAUCGCCAGCCUCUGAGGGCGUGAAGCUAGGCCGGGACCAACCGGGAAACGUAACACUCUCCCUGCCCGCGAAGACACCGAACGCCGCGAGGCCAACGAACGGCACUAAUGAGGAACGUACGAGACCGAGUGCCGUGGCGACGGUGUUUCAACGGAGGACCGGACCCGUUCGCAGAAGCUUCAGUGACAGGUCAUCGCCUACGAAAGCAAACGGUGAUGCCGUGGUCCUGAAUGGCGACGGUGUGAGUGCGGGAAAGGGUGACCAUUUCAACGACACGAUGGCACUUCGCGGAAGAAACACCCGUGUCGAUUCCCGUACGGCUUUCGAGGAUGAAACAGCAUCGUCGACUUCGUCAUCGUCGUCGUCGUCGGACUCGUCGUUUGGAUCGGUGGCUUCGCUGUUGAUUGUGGGCAGUGCAGGGUUGGCGAAUGGGGGAAAAGCUCGUCCAAAGCUUCCUCCGCCACCUCCACCACCGAUGUCACCGGGGAAGGCAACCGCUGUUCAGAGCGUCGAAUCACCGUCGAACGGCGUUGACCAUUGUCAGGAUGAGCGACAACGUAACAGGGAUAGCAACGUGUAUGAGGAUUUUUGCUUCAGCCUGAUGGCCGGUGUCAGGCGUUCGAGUAGUGACCGCAGCAGCUCGACAUCGACCUCCUCCCGCACGGUGGUGCAGGUCGCGAGCUCCCCGCUAGCGGCUGGGUCGCCGGGAGGACUCUCCACCACCGGGGCCGUCCAUCGGCUUGAGAUUCGGCACGAUCCGGAGCCGGAGGAGGAGCAGUAUCAGAAGAAGACGUCCAUCAUGAUCACCGGGGAUGACUGCUACUCGACCGUAAACGUGGACGGUGCCAGUGACACCCCGAUCUAUCAGUCGUCCGUGGUGGUAAACGAUGGUGGCAGCGCGGUAGCCACAACGCCAACCGAGAUACGCCAAACAGCGUCGAACACCAUCACUAUCAGCGUGAGUUCGCCGACGUCCACGCUGCAAAACCGAGGUAACAAGCAAUCGGACAGAGUGGGUCGCAGCGAAUCAACCGAACCGGAGACACGAGACGAAGAGGACCGAAUUACUAAGAACAAUGAGCGAAACAGCGGGUUCCUUGGAUGUGGCACGGUCGUCUCGAUGGGUGCCGAUGACUCCUCAACCAUAUCGCACUCCACCGGCACUUCGAUAAUUCCUAUCGGAGGCAGCAACAACAGCAUUGUGAUGAACGGAUCAGCGGACUGCACCAAAAGCACCACGGUGACCAGUGGUCGAACGUUGAUUAAUCUUGACUUUGAUCGUCAAAGGGACUCCAUUAGCGACGUUAAGCAACUAUCAUCCCCAGAUGUUGCUAAAAAACGCCCCACUGAACAAGAGGCAGUCGCGGGCGGGCCAAAUGACGCGGACGCACAAGUUCCUAGCGAUUGCAGCGAUGAUUCCAAAGAGACCCCGGACGUACUAAAACCUGAUGACAAGGGUCCACAGUUGAACAAGCAGAACCCUGUCGAUCAAUCACCCACUCCGGUGGUGCUUCGACGGACGCUCAAACUGUCCGCCGAGCCGGUCGCAAGUUUGCAGGCAAAAGUUUGUCGCAACAGCUUCAUUGCCAAGCUGCUGGAGGAUCCCACGCUGAGCCAACUGGCCGAAGGUUUGGAGUACGAGCUGGUGGCAAAGCUGAUCGAAAACUCGCUGCUCCGGCUGAAGGAAUCCCGCAAUGGGCUGGACAUGAGCGGUACCAAAGACGAGGACGACGUGUCGAAGAUGAUCGAGCAGUCGUUGCUGAAGAUACAGGAGGAGCGUACCAAGCUGGGCUGCACGGCAGCCCUCGUGUCGGCGAAGGUGCAGGAGCGUGAGGCGUCUCAAAACGCCAGCAAACGGAGUAGCGUCAGUUCAGGCAAUAGCUACGGUUCGGCAGCGGCCUACGAGUUGAUGGAGUUUGGAGAUCAAUUGGGGGAUCUUAGUGAUUGUUAUCAGAGCUGCAGCAGCGAUCUGACCGUGGACGAUGACACGAACUCGUCUCGGAGUAAGUUCUACCAGAUGCUGGUGGAUGCCACACUUUCCGAGAUCGAGAUCAACACGACCAACGAUGACGACCAUCACUAUGAGUCGAUCCGGCUGAACGGGGAUCCGAUCUAUGAGGAGAUAAAUGACAUUCCACCACCACUGCCCCUGACCGCACCUCCCGUCGAUGACGUUGACCUCGAGAAGCAGCGUAACGCACGGUCCAUAUUUGAGGGCGCUUCGAAGUACGACAUCUUGUCGUACCUGGUGGACGCGAAGGAGCGUGGUAUUGCGCAGGAAGAGUCGUACGCUGGGUUCCAGUUUGGCGGUGCGGCCGAUAUUAUUCUCGAAGAGGAAGAAUCGGAACCGAUCACGGACUUGCGCCACCAUCAGCGCCAGAUAUCGGAUAUAAGUAGCAGGUUGAGCCACAUCUCGAACGUAAGCGACUCGAGCGAAGACACCUCGCUGCUAUCGUCCGUUGGAGGUGUGCAGCGUCCGAAGGCGUCGGCAGAGAUUGAACGCAACGACUCCGGUGUGGGUUCGGAGACGAGCAAGACGUCACGCAGUCGGUGGCAAAAUACCGCCUCCGUGUCGUUGCUGAACAAGAUCGCGCCGAUCCACCUGUGCGAGGACUGUGACGGCCCAGUAGAGACGCAGGUCACGGAAUCGGGCGUCAUGUACGCACCGCUGGUGUGCCGCAAGUGUGGCAAGAAACGCGCCGAACGCAAGGAGAUUAUCACCGAGAUCGUCGAGACGGAGGAGAAGUACGGACGCGACCUGCAGAUCAUCCUCGAGGAGUUCUACCAACCGAUGCUGGUGGCCGGGCUGCUGAACCAAGACCAGCUCUCGGCAAUCUUUUUGAACGUGGAAGAGCUGCUGGAGAACAACCAGUUCUUGGCGGAGCGAAUGCGCGACGCGCUCGACAUCGCCACCGAGCAGGGCGACGAUGACCUGCUGACGGUUAACAUUGGCAAGAUCUUCCUCGAGGCGGCCCCGAUGCUGCACGCGUUCGAGAGCUACUGUGUGCGGCAAGGGGCGGCCAGUCUGCUGCUCGCCAAUCUUGAGAAGGAGAAGGAGCUGUUACGCAUCUUCCUACGUGUCUCGCAGAUGGAGAACGCCGUGCUUCGGCGCAUGAAUCUCAACUCGUUCCUUAUGGUCCCCGUACAACGUGUCACCAAGUAUCCGCUACUGCUGGCCCGCCUGUACAAGGUGACACCGGCGCACCUCGAAGGCAAAGAGCUGCUCAAGCAAUCACAGGAAAAAAUCGAACUGCAUCUCAACCACAUGAACCGCGAGGCGAAGGACGUCCCGACGAAACUGUGGCGUCGAAUCUCUUCUUCCAGCCCGGGACGGAGGCUGUCCUGUGAGCUGGACAUGAUCAACAUCAAGCUCCGCAAGAUGGCCGUCGAUGUGCUCGAGUGGAACCACGAGGAGGUUCGGUUUGCCAUCGAGGGACGGCUGCUGUUCACGCAACCGAACGAUGGUAACUGGAAGAAGAGUCGCACGAUUAAGCUGACUUCCAUCAACGCACUUCUGGUGACGAAUGGAAAGCCAACGGCCAGCUACAAGGCGGACCGUGCCCUGUCGGAAGCGCUCAGCUUUCCGCGGCACACCGGCAUCCGCGAGGCGUCCCUGCUGCUGGUGCGGGAGAAGGGCGGCCGCUACACGCUGCUGCGGGAGCCGCUGUUUCUCGACCGGUGCAUCGUCUGCUCCGAGCACGACUGGGAGGACUAUUUCGAGGUGCAGGAGAUCCUCUCGAAGGAGUCCUUCAUAUUCAAGGCUGAGGACGGCACGAAAACCAAACAGUGGUACGCCCAGCUGCAGUACCACUCGCAGGGCAUGGGCACCUGGCGAAAGCGUCGAAAUGCGCUUGCCAACAUCAUGAUUAAUGGCAUGAUGACACGAACGUAA